AUGGCUACAGUACUACCCAGGCGAGGUAGCUACGUCUGCCGCUCAUGCCAAAAGCUCUCUGCGGCACAACCGUUUCGGCGGCAGUUCAUCUCCCAAGCCGCCCAUCCUCCGAAGCAAGAAGCCUCCUCAAAUUCCAGGCGCACCAUAGCCGUACCGCUGAGAAAACGGCCGGCGCAGAGCCGGGAUUUUCCACCUGCACAGAACAGAUUGGCGCCAGCAAAGGCAUCCAAGCCGGUGAAUACGCGGAUUCCUCCUGCGAAAGCCGCGGCCAGCACGGUUGAUGACCCGGCUCAAAAAUUGAAAGACUUUGAGAAAUUCGUCGCACAUGUGCAGUCCACCGACGCGGCAGCAGACCACGAUGACGUCCUCGAAACCCUCAUGGACAUGUACGAGCUAUCGAACGUGCUGGUCCACGGCACGAGAACCAUAUCGGACGAGAACGGCCUGGGCUCGAGCAGCACACCCUCCUCCCCCUCAACCUCCUCUUCCCAAGGCAAGGACAUCGAAGACGCACUGCUCGACGACUUGGUGGAAGAAAAGUCAACAGCCGCACCGGUCUCGCGAACCGAUGACUCGGUCUCAAUGUCAUCACACAGCCAAAGCCAGACCCAGAGUCAAGCCCUCCCCCAAAUGACGGCGUCCUUCCGCACCAACGCCGCCGCCACGCUCUCCCACCUCUCGUACACCCUCCUCCGCGACCCGAAAGUCUACAUCACCGAAGACAUGCUGCAGAUGUACGUGCGGCUGCUCUGCCAGCUCGGCAGACCCGAGUACCUCCCCGAGAUCUUCCACCUGUACGCGACGAAACCGAUCCCGCGCGCCGGCUCGGCCGGGCCCGUCAAGUUCUCGUCCCCGUGGCCCAAGCUGCCCAAAUACGCCAUCCCCAUCGACUUGGCCGAGGCCGCGCUGGAGAGCGCGAUCCUGCAGAAGAACCUGCCCCUGGCCGUGGCGAUCAUCGACACCACGGUCGCGGCGCCGGCGUUUCGCACAAACAGGAUGCUCCGCAAGGCCGGCGUGCCCGGCGCGAUUGUGGCAGCCACGCCGUUGGUGGCGUACGCGGGCGCCGACUGGGUCGCGCAGUGGCAGAACACCAUGGACGUGGAAAUGGCCAAGUGGACGGCCGUGGCGGGCGCGGCGGCGUACAUCGGCACGUUGAGCACGAUCGGGUUCGUCGCCGUCACGACGUACAACGAUCAGAUGGUGCGCGUCGUGUGGCGGCCGGGGACGCACCUGAGCAGCCGAUGGCUCCGCGAGGACGAGAGGCGGUUCUUUGAUCGCUUGGCUUUAGCUUGGGGGUUUCAGGACAAGGCGCGCUGGGGGGAGGAGCACGGCGUCGAGUGGAAAAGGUUGAGGGAUGAGGUCGGUCUGAGGGAUAUGAUUCUUGAUAAGACCGACUUGAUGGAGGGGAUGCAGUAG